ACAGCGCCGCUUAUUCUUCGUCUUCACACUUCACCCUAUUUCUCUUCCAUUCUCGUUUCCAUAUUUUUCUGUCAAUAAACUAAAAAAAGAAGGAAUUCGAGCUUUUUCUGCUCAAUUCCUCCUCCUAUUUUAUAAUCUCUUUGUCAGUACUCGUAAACCCGCAAAUUCAUCCGAUUCAUCCAGAAAAUUUCCAGAUCUAAUAUCAUAUGCCCUAAAUUCACCGAAACCUGACAUAAAUCUAAAAGGAUAUAGCACACUCGGCGACAGAAGCUGCGCAUGAGCCAUAGAUUCAGAAGAUCUAAGUUGCGAUGGAGGGCGGUGAUUGCGAGGCAGUAGAGAAAUGCGAAGGGUCGGAAUCGAACGCGGUGGGCGUUGCGAAGAAACUGAUACACAGCAGAAUGCUGAUCGGGAUAAAGGACGGGCGGUUCUUCGUAGGGACGUUUUACUGCAUGGAUAAGCAAGGGAACAUAAUUCUUCAAGAUGCGGUGGAGUAUCGCAGCACCAGGCGAUCUUCCCCGUCUCCGAUGGAGCAUCGCGGCGUCGGUCUCAUCCUCAUCCCCUCCUCCUGCCGGACUUCUUGCCACGUCGAUUGCUCCAUUCAGGAUCAGCUCUCUCUGCUCUCCCUCAACCAUCACAACCGUCGCAUCAUCUAUUGAUCGCAUCUCAUCCUUUGAUAUCUCAGAAUGUAUAAUUUGAUGCUUAUAUUACGAAAAAGGUAUUAGUUUGAUCUACGCUUAAUGCAUCAUUUUUACUGAAUUAAUGCAUCAUAUGAGUUCAAAUAUCAGAGGGAGUGAUUUUUAUUUUUA